AUGGGCUCUUUACCAGGCGUCGUCUGCGAGUUCUGCAACAGAUGGUUCCCCAACGCCCAAGUUUAUGGCGGUCAUAAGUCACGGCGGACCCCUUGCCAAGGACUAUCUGCCGUGGCAAGGCCCACGCGAUCUGCACCGACCGCCGGUCUACACGCUCUGCUAUUCGUCCACGACAUUCUGUCGGACGCUCCAGCCGCUCCCAGUUCACCUACAGCGUCUAACGCAUCCAACGCCGUCAGUGAGAGCGGUCCUCCACGCGUGCCUGAAGCUGACGUUGACGAAACUCCCAACGACGUGAACGAGGGGCCUCCUGAAGAUGAACAUCAACCACAACCAGGAGCUCCCGCGGCUGACACGAGUGACCAUCCUGAGAGCCGGCCCGAAGGGAGUCAUGCCGCGCCGCCAUCAAUCAUCUCCGGACAGAGCAAUGCCACGCCCCUCAAUCCGCUCGCGUUGAAGCUGCUGCAUUUCGUUCGGCGCGUGAAUGGCGGAAUGGGAAUGGCCGAGGUUGACAUCAACGGCCUGCUUCAGCUAGUCGUAGAGCCCGGCCUUGCGCCUCUUGUGAUCUCGGAGCUCCGGAACUGCAAGGAUCUGGAGCGGUUCGAGAUGGAGCGCUUGGCAGGGCUCAAUCGCGAAUGGUCGGUGGCGACCUUCGAGAUUGACGUUAUCCUUGUAUUAACCGUACACCCACCUUCACCGCCACUAACCAUGCCUCUCCUCUCACCUGCCUUCGCCACCGUACACCAGGCAUUCGCUGAAAUGUUUGGACAUCCCAACAACGCGCCCGGCUUCAAGCUCAAGGCGCGUGUUGAUGAGGACCCUGACGCAGGCGGCCGUUGCUAUACCACGCCUGAAACAGGAACGUGGUGGAAUGAUGCUCAGGAACACUUCGGUUGGUCCGAAGUUGUGGGGGGGAUCAUCUUAUAUUCCGAUGUGACGCACAUGAGCAACAACGGCCGGAAGAAGGCGUGGCCGCUCAUGAUGACGCUGGCCAACAUCUCCCAGGCCAAGCGAUGGGGGAAAGCCGGGCACACACUACUUGCCCUCCUUCCUAUCCCCCCGUCUGCAAUGUCUGCCGUGGAGAAGGUGAUGCUCUUCCAGCGUUGCGUCAUGACCGUGCUGCAGACGCUUCUUGAUGGCAUCGCCAGCGGGUUCCGUCUCAGGGACCCUUUCGGUGAUUGGCAAACCGUGCGCCCCCUGCUGUACGCCUGGGUGUGCGACUACCCCGAGAGCGGCAAGAUCAGUUGCACACUCUCGCAUGGAUCGCGGAUGCCGUGCAGCAUCUGCUAUGCUGCAAAGAUGAGUGCGGUCAAGGCACGGAACACGCCGCGCACGCCUGAACAGCAGCAAUGGAUCGUUAACGAGGCGGCUGGGACGACAACUAGCCAGGACAACCCGUGCAAGGCCUACUCUACCUACCCUGUUGAGUGCGUGCUCUGGAAGUGGGAUGUCCCAGGGACCGCGUGGGGCAAUCCCUACCUCGUGGUCAUGCCUGACAUCAUGCACCAGGCGGACCUGGGCAUCAUGAGCCACAUUGUGGCUGUCGUGCGCAAGAUGAAGAAGCGGCGUGUGAAGCAGAUGGACAGGCGCCUGUCCCUCAUUCGCGACCGCACGCGCCUGAAUCACAUGCGCCUGCCGGAGAGCGCCUAUUUCGAGACCGGAGCAUGUGUCGCGGCCUAUGAGCACAGGGCCGUCAUGCAGGUCAUGGUGUUUGUCUUUGCUGGCCUGCUUCGCCAGCCCCAGAUGGAUGCCGUUCGUGCCUAUCUUGGCUGGCUCGUUGAGCAGUUGCAGGCUGCGUUUCCAAAGCAGCCAUCCUCUUGGUGCCUUGUGAAAACACAUCUCAUAUCGCACUACGUCGACUCCAUACGUCGCGCGGGUCAUGUGACUGAAUUCAGCACCAACAUGUUCGAGCACUUGCACGGACCGUUGGUAAAGAGGAUCUACCGUCGGUCCAACAAGCGCAAUGUAGAUGGGCAGAUCAUGAAGUUCCAUGCUAGGCGCAUUCCGGAUGUGGUGCCGGUGGAUGAUCCUGCUGGCCGGGACACCGCCAUGCGGCAGGCGAUUGGGACCGACACACGGACGCUCAUCAAGGAGUCAUACCUCCUCUCUGUGGAGUUACCACAAGAACCCACCUCCAUCAAUUGGUUUGCAAGGAAGUGGGCCAAGCAACACCCUCGUGCCCAAGCAGCCCUCAAGGAUGCGCUUAUGCAUUAUGCAGGAUGCGUCACCAAGAUUCGAGCCCAUGCAUCGCUGGCAAUCCCUGCAGCAGACGACGCCAGCUUCUCAAGAGUUUCUCACUUCGUUCGAGCGACCCCUGACUAUUUUGAGAGGCCAUGGUACUCGGAUGUUGCAGUGGAGGGUGUAAGGUAUGGUCGGAGAGAGGAGUGGUAUGCAAGGUUGCUUCUGUUGUUCCAUACAAAAAUACGUGGAGAGAGGGAGGAGCUGGCUUACGUUAGAUAUUGGAAUGCAAGCGGAGAGGAUACAGCAACAGGAUGCCUUCGCCUCAAGUGGACAACAGGAAUGUACGCGUACUCCGUGAUUCCGAUUGAAGCGCUGCUCCGCCACGUCCAUGUGGUGAAGGCAUUCCAUCUGGACAGUACCUAUCUCCUUAAUAAGUAUCAAAUGUGA